AUGGCUCAGGGAGUGAUCGCCCAAAUGCUCCCUGGCGGCCGCCGCCGGCCGAGUCGCUCCCUGACCUUCUUCCUCAUGGGGGCGCUCACGCUUCUAACGCUAUGCCUCUUUACAUCUCACUUGCCGGGCCUCCAACGAAUCAUCAACCCGAGCACUCCUGGCAGUGGUGAUGUACAAGUACCAGGCGAAGCAGACAUGACGUCGUGUGCAGCAGCUGCAGCGCCCCACCACGGAUCCGACGGUCCCGGGGGAGAAGAUUCCCCAGAGCUACAGGCGCCGCUCGAUUCCAUGGAGAAGGAAACAGAAUAUCAACUCCAAGACCACCCGAUGGAACACAAAACCAACAAACACCCGCCCUUCAAGGAUGACCCGCCGCAGCUCAUCGCCAACCUUCCGCAAGAGCACAUCCCGGUAUAUACACCCCCGUCACCGACUGACGGGCCGGGCGGAGGAGAGAAAAAAACUAGAGGAAAGCGUCUCGUGGUCGUCGGCGACGUGCACGGCCACCUCGCCGCUCUCAGAGCUCUCCUCGACAAGAUUGGGUUCGAUCACAGAUAUGGCGAUCACCUCAUCUUCGCCGGCGACAUGAUCACAAAGGGACCGGACAGCAAGGGCGUCGUCAAGCUGGCCAUGGAUCUCGGAGCCAGCGCGGUCAGGGGCAAUCAGGACGACAAGGUGUUGGCGGCUGCCAGGGAGAUCCACCGACACUUAGUUGACGAUGAGACCGGGGUAGGGCGUGAGGCGGACGGGGAAACAGACCACGCCGCUGGCGAGAAGGACCGCGAAAACGACGAGGCCGGGACCGAGAAGCGAAAAAAGGAGCACGCCCACAGGAUUGCCCGUUCCCUCACGCGCGCCCAGCUCGCCUGGCUCAAAUCUCUCCCCAUCAUCCUCCGCAUCGGCGCCCUCCCAGAUGCCACCUCGCCUCCAUGGAACGCCAACACCCUCGUCGUUGUCCACGGCGGUCUGGUCCCCGGUUUGCAGCUAGAGAGACAAGACCCAUGGGCAGUAAUGAACAUGCGGAGUCUGAUUUAUCCGGGCAAAGGCAAAGGAAAACAUCACACAGAGUCCGCGUCAGAUGAGGACGACAACGACGGCAACGGGGAGGAAGACGACGCCGAGGAACGUGAUGACGAAACCCCUCAAUCUAACAAGUCCACCCUCGCCCCAGACGCAGUCGCAGUGCCCAUAGAAGGCCGCGAUGGCGAGCCCUGGAGCCACGCCUGGAACCGCUAUCAGAACCGCCUCCCCCCCUCAGUCCCUCACACCCUAGCCAUAUACGGCCACGACGCCAAAGCAGGCCUCCAAGUCAACCCCGAAGUCGACAUCUCCCCGUACGCCUCCUGGUCGGCUUACUCCAGCGGCGGCGUCGACUAUACCAUCAACAGCAACGAUAUCACCAACAAUAACAACAACAAGAAGAAGAAGACAAAAAAGAAACACAAGCAGCACAAGCAACACAAACACAAUGAAAAGGGCCUGCGCUACGCCUUUGGCCUCGACUCGGGGUGCGGCCACGGCAAGAAGCUAACAGCGCUGAUCAUCGAAGCCGGGCCCGCCGGGGUGGGACACCGUAUCGAGCAGGUUGAUUGUCGCAGUUGA